AUGACAGGCGUGACAAAUCAGAGGCAGGAUAUGACGUCCUGCUCUCUGCAGAUGGCACGGCUAGCAGGAAAUGAGAGCUCUGAAGAGCAUUCACAACGCUGGAAGAUGGUGAGAAACUACAAAAAGACUUCCUCUAGAGAGAAGUGGGAAAAAACCAACAUGGAUACUGCUUUCACAGAGGUCAAGGAGGGAAGAAUGACUUGCUUGGGAGCAGCGAGAACUUACAAUGUUCCAGAGGCAACACUUCGACGCCGACUGAAAAAGAACGUUUCGGAUAUGCCUGUCCAUGGAGGAAGAUAUAGAGAAGUAUUCAAUGAAGAGCAGCUCCAAGAUUUACACAACUAUUUGACGGUAAUGGACCAAAUGUUUUUUGGAAUGACCAAGUUGCAGUGCAGAAAACUCGUUUUUGAAUACGCAGAACACUUAGGGAUUUCUCAUCCGUUUAAUAAAGAAACUAAAAUGGCUGGUGAGGAUUGGCUGGCUACCUUUAUGAAAAAACACAACUUUAGUAUGCGUAAGCCAGAAGCAACAUCUGUUGCAAGAGCAAUGGGUUUCAACAAACCUAGUGUUGAUAAAUUUUUCUCCAUUUUGAAGGAAGUGCGAGAAAAACACAAUUUUCCCGCUGCUAAUAUCUACAAUGCAGAUGAAUCAGGACUAUCUACUGUGCCCAAUAAAUUACCUAAGGUAAUUUCACCAAAAGGAAGUAGAAGAGUUUCUAAAGUUGUGUCUGGGGAGAGAGGCAGGAACGUCACUAUUAUUUGUUGCAUCAAUGCUACGGAACUUACCUACCCCUUUUUUGGUAUUUGCCAGAAAGCGAAUGCGACCUGA